AUGCCAAAUAAUGCCCUGUCGGGGAGAGUGCCUAACACUAUUGGCUUGCUCACAGCAUUGACUCGAUUGGAGUUGGAGAGCAACCAGUUAUCUGGAAACAUUCUGCCUGCAAUUGGGUCGCUCACUAAUUUGGAGGAUUUGAGGUUGAGCAACAACCAAUUGUCAGGGAGUAUCCCUUCGGAGAUUGGCUCCCUGUCAAACCUUUUUCACUUGCUCUUGCAUAACAACAAAUUGUCUGGAAGCGUUCCCAGCAGUCUGUGUUUCAACUUUUUCUUGGAGGAAAUCGGAGUAGAUUGUGCUCCAGAUCCCUUUCCUGUGAACUGCACAUGUGAUGUGUGUCAAUGCUAUGAAAGGGAAGUUGAUACUGACACGCCAACCAGCAGUCCUGAUGUUGACAGUGAGGAUUCUGAGAUGACUACUACCCCUCCAGCCAUCCCACCUUCCAGUGCCUCAGAUAUUGGUGAUGAAGAUUCAACAAGUACAGCCCCUUCAUCUGCUCCCAUGAUGGAUGCUGCAACCCCAACAGCUGCUCCAAUUCUUUCCAAUGGCUCUGAUGUUGCUGUUGAAGUUUCUGCAAGCCACAUCUCCAUUCCUCUUGGUGUCUGUUGGUUGUUUCCAUUCAUACUCCCACUUUUGCCAUUCUAG